AUGAGUUAUUUACAGCCAAUUAAUUUUGUAACAUGCAUUUUUAGUGAAGAUGUUUUAGAGGUCAUGAUCAUCGCAAUUCUAUUAGCGACAGUGUAUGCUGGAAAUAGCUAUUUGGAGCAGUCUCCAACCACCGGUGAAAGCAGUACAAACAAAAGCAAGUACUACUCCACAGGAUACACGGUAGGGUACAACUAUAGACCAACAUCCUUUAGUUUUUCUUGGAGAUCAGGACUUCUUGAUGAAAAUGGUGAAAUUGAAGACGAAGGUGUGAAUAAGAAUGAUGAGGAUGCCCAUCCUGAUGGCUAUAUAAACGCAAACACCCCAGAUCCAGGACAAAAAUUCGAUUUUACUCAAGAAAAGGGUGGUGAGGCAGUUUUCAGUGAACUGAAAAACGAAAACAGCAAUUUGCUACAUCGUUUUGACGAUUAA